AUGGGUCAGAAGGGGUUUCCAUUUUCAAGAUAUAUGCAGCAUCUUCUAGACGAAGGAACAAAGGGCAGAUGUCAAAAGGGAUCUGAGGCAUCAGACUCAAGACUAUGUAGGAUCCGCCAAGGGAAAUUCGAUACGGCUGAGAAGGACGAAUGGUCAGAAGAGUAUAUCCGGUCGGGGGAGGGGAGCGAUGUGAACGCAAUCAUCCGAAGUAGUCAUUCCGUUUGUAAAAAUAUAGAGCAGUGGGCUAUGCAUCUGGUGAGAACAGGAGAUGCUGCUGAUACGUUUGAAGAGAGUCCGGAUUGUAGCAUUGAUGGGCUUGGGCUCAACUUGAGAGGAGGGACAGCAACCGGGAAGUGCAGAAGCGAAGGAAUAUCGCCGGAGUGGAUUGAGUAUACGCCGCAAAAUGGAUUGAGCAAAAACAGUUCUUCUUGGAAGAGGUUGAGGGUAUGUCAAGAUAUAGUGGAGAUGAUAGUUGAGGUUUUCAGAAUAGGAUAUGGGCAAGCAGAGUUUCAAAUAGCAGAACAAGAGGAAGGGGGGUUAUGUGAAUCAAUAUAUAGGAAAUUGGAGACGUGGGGUGGUCCCAAGGUGGCAAAAAUGAUAAUGAAAGGGUGGUAUACCCAACAGGUUAAAAUAGAGACGGGGGGACAGGGGUAUAUAAUAAAAGGAAAGGAUUUUUUUGAAUUGGUUCAGGAGAUUAUCUGGGGAAGCAAUAAGGCGGAUAAGGUUUUUGGCUGUAAACCGUGCCAGGAGACUUCUAAGAUUCAGGGACCGAAGGGGCUUCACUGGUGUGACAUGAGAUUGAGUGGAGACAUCCAAUCUGUAACCGAAAUAACAGGACAGAACACCACCAAACGGGACUCCACGAGUACAGCAGGCCAAGAAGUCUCAAGGGUAUCCUCGAACUCACAACCGGGAACAACGCCGAUGGGUUCAGAUGGGGCUGGGAGGAGCUCGGCAACCGUAUCCAAGGAGGGGCAGGACCUAGCUCAGGGAGAGCUGGGUUCUAAAGCGGGAGUCUCAUCCACGGGGUCGGGAGUGAUGGAGGGAACAGGAGGCACCGGGGGCUUGAUUUCAGGAGUCCUAGGAGGUGGUGCUUCUGUAGUGUUAGGACUGGGGGCAGGCUAUGGACUGUAUAGAAUAUUUCGUCGUAAUAGAGUAGGGUCAACAAGCGAAAGGAAGUCAGGUACUUCAAGGACUUUGGGGUAUUCAAGGAGAUAA